CUGAGCUGGAACUUUAUCAGUGGAGAAUGAGCACUGACUUCACUCUGCUCUGGGAAGCUCAUGACAGCCCUUCUCCAACCUCCUGCAGAAUCUGAGAGCUGGGACUCAUCACCAGUGAUCGCAAUGGAAACAGUUACUACAGAUUUUGGCAAGCGAGUGUACCAAGGAGUGCGAGUGAAACACACAGUCAAAGAUCUUCUUGCUGAAAAGCGAUCCAGGCAGAGCAGUGGCUCCUGCUUCAGUGGCAGCACCAGCACACCACAGUCAUCUUUCGGCCAAAUGCCAGGUUCCCCUACCACGGCUGGUUACUACGGAGUCAGGAGAUCCUUCACAGCUGACUUGGAUUUCCACAACACCAAGCAGUUUGUCAGUGAUGUCUAUUCAUCCCCGCUGGGCUCCAAGCCCUUCACGUGCGAUUCCUCCACCACCCAGGGCUACCCAACGCUUCUGGACCCCUAUAUCCCCGAGCAAUACGGGGAUUUCCGCAGCGCUCCCCUCACGCCUGGUACCAGCUCCUUCUUCAGCCCUCCUUCGCUGCCCCCUCUCCUGCCAUCCUUCCCCAGUGACACGGCGCAUUUCCUACUAAGAGAGCCGUGGGAGCAGACCUCUGCUGACAGCCUGGGCCAGUCGGACGCUGCGUGCUCCGACCCUCCACAGGCGCUGCCCACGGGCACCGGCUGCCUCGCCUCGCACGAGCCCGGAGGCUCUUCCCCGUACCGGAGCUCGAGCUGGACCCCGGCCGGCCCCGGAGCCCAGCCCUACCCCCUGCAUCCCCUUGAAGAUGCCCACUACUCGCCUGGCUAUGCCGCCACCUCGCCCUACUCCUUCUCGCCCUUCGUCACCGCGGCGAGCGAGCUCGCCUCCAGGAUGAGCCACCUCUCACCAGAGCGUCCCGCGGAGCUGCCGCCCCUCCACGAUAACUCUGCCUGGGCGAAGGAGGAUGGAAAUCCCUCCUGGGGCACCUACGAAGGCCGGAGAACUUAUUGAGGAGGGAUGAGAGCUGGAGGGAAGGGCAGGCGCUGACUGUGAUUGAGGCAAACGAGCUACUCGCAUGCUUUUUCCCAGCAGUUUCCUUCAGACCGAGGAUGCUGACAGCACGCAAUGCUUCACGCUCUGGUUAGAGGUCACUGGAUGUGCCACGUUUAGCUUACAGGGGUGCUCUGGUGCCUUAGGAAAGCCAGAGCUCACCGUCCCGCUGUGCUACGAGUAAAAUACACAGCCUGAAAAAUACCUGCACGUUACUGGCCUGUGCUGCAGGGACAGGUCUCAGGCACUCGCUUUCAGCUGCUGAGGGAAAAACUGCAUCCCCAGAGCGGUGCCACCAAAAGAGGGGUGGGGAGCGAGGCAGGGGCUGGGGGAAGCCCUGGUCAAUAGCAUAAUGGUGCCUCGCCUGCCUCAGAUGAGGCAAGCGAAGGCUUCGUGGGCUCCAGGAGCUGCCUGCAGCUCGUGGGGCUGCCAUGGGGCACCCAGCCGCCCUGCAGUCCCAGUGCCAGGCCGGGCUGCCACGGCCACUAGAGGUAGCUCUGCACACACACAAACACGCUCCCACACAGACACCACAGCCCUCUGCACCCCUUGGCCCCCAUCUCGUCUCCCCCCCUAACCCCAAAAAUCCUCCCUGUGGGACCCAGGGCCUGAGAAGGGGGCGGUGAUGGGGUGGCUGAAGGCUGCUGCUUCGCCCUUUCCCCUUAAACCCUGGGGAUGGGGGGGGGUCUGGGAGCCCCCCGGCCCCCUCCAGGGACCACAGCCCAGCCUGGGGUCACAGGCCUGCAUGCCCUACAGCCCCGAGCACCCCUGCACAUGGGACCUGGGGGCACGGCGAUGUACCCACAAACAGGCAGCGGUGCUGGAUCCCCAUGAGCAACACAGCACGGGGCUGCCAAGCGGGUCCCUUUCCACAAAGCCCCCCCUUGCAGCUGCACGUCCACCCCCACCAGAAAGCCCCCAGGCUGCUCAGAUCCCCCCAAAACACCCCCUAGGCCACACUGCUGGCAUCAGAGGACAGGGUGGGAGUGCUGCAGCUUUCAGGUGCCACCACAUGGCCAGGCACAGCCCAGCCCCACCGCUGCACCCCCGGCACCCCCCCUGGGGCCGAGCCCCCCACAGUCCCCGGUGUGCGGCCGCAGCCGGCCGGGAGCACCCGGCUCCAGCCCUGCCUUGGCUCCGCUCCCUGCUGCUGCUUCCUGAUUCCCCGGCCCUGUUCAGACCCGUCCAGAAAAGCAAACCCCCGCGGCUCUGCGUGCCCCAAGCCCUCACCCACCCACCCUGCAGGCUGCGCCUUUCUGUUUGCCCCGGGGGGGGUGCUGGCAAAGCCCGGCCCAGGGAUGGAGCCAGCAGCCAGGGCUGAGGUGCUGGAGGUGUCGGAUCCACUCUGGCACUCGGCUCCUCACCGAGGCAGGGGCUCUGCAAACGCUCCCAACCCCAAAGCCGUCCCUUCAAGGGGCUCCUGGCCACAGCUGGGGCUCAGCCCCCUGCCACCAGCACUCCAGGGGGAAGCAUCCCCAGCAUGGCAGGAGCUGAGGGGCCCCAACCCCUUGGUGCAGGCAGGCCUGCAUUGAGACCCCCCCAGAACCCCUCAUGCUCCAGAACAGGACGAGGAGAGGGCUCCCCUCUGGGGCAGAGCAAUGCUGGCCCCGCUGCACGAGGGAAAGGAUCGCCGCCGUGCCCCAAAAUCGAGUGUAUUUGUCCAACUUCAGGAGAAAGAAAAGAUUCAGCUGCAACAAUAGCCAAGCUGAGCAGCUGGUAGAUUAUUAACAGCCUGGCCUGCUUUCUGCCAUCGGCCGGCGACUCCCGAGGCAGGGCAGAGGCUGCAGUGCCCAGGGAAAAGUUGGAGUGUGACCUUAAAAACCGAGCCCCCGGCCACAUCGGUGCUGUGUGGUGAUGAGGGGUUACCCAAAAUCUGGGUGGUCCCGGCGGCCUGCAGCCCCGCGGCUCGAAGCACACGGGGCAGGCCUGAGCUGAGGCACGCGAAGGAGAGGCCACUGUGUGCAGGAGCAGCAAAGUGCCCGAAUUGGGGGAAAAAAUGCAAAUAAACGCCAAGACAAGGCCGGCAUCUGGCAGAGGGGAGGGGGUCCUGGGGGAAGAAGUGGGGUUCGGGUGCUGCCUGCCACCCGGGUGCCCAGGGCGGCCUCUUUGCUGCGCCACGCCCACCCCGUGCCAUUUUGGUCUGAAAAGCUUCAUAUUUGCCCCGAAAAAGCGACAAAUCGUGCAAAAAGCCACAGGCGGCCCUUGAGGAGUCCUCUCUGCAGGUAGCAAGUGAAAUAUGAGAGGGCUGGAGCCCAGCCUGGGCGGCUGAGGGGAAAACACUGAGCUGGCUUCGAGGCAUCUGCUUCGUUUGGGGGAAG